GUGCGAGACAACGGGAACGCACCAUUCGCUGCGGAGCGCGUGUCCGCCGUAAACAUGGCGGCAGCCAGGGAGAGUGAAUUCGACUUUGGACCCAAAAGCACGGAAGACUCGACGCUGCUGGCAGCGCGGCCGUGCGCGGGCGCCAUGGAAAACGAACCCACGACCAGCCAGGUCGUCCACGUCAAGGUUCCCGCUCGCAUCGACGACAGCGAGGAAGACAGCGACGCGUCGAGUCCUCGCGAUCUGUGGGACGCCGUGAAGAUCGACCUAGCUCAAGCGGGCUCGGACUCGGACAACGUCGUGAAGGACUCUAGGAUCAGCCGGGCCCCAUCAGUGGAUAGGGAGAAUGUGCCCGCAGAAAGGACCUUGCCGCAGAUGAACUGCCCCGAGAGAAUCGUUAUCUGCGUCGACCUUUGUUCGGAGAUGGAGGACAUGCCAUUCACAUUCUCAGAUGGGUCAAAACACUCCCCCCUGUUCAUGAUCAAGCGGGUGAUCGAGCUGUUUGUACAUAACAAGCACAAAAUAGACAAGAGACACGAAUUCGCCCUCGUUGUCUUCCACGAAGUGCCUCUUUGGAUCAGAAACUUCACAAAUGAUCCAAAGGAAAUCUCCAACUUCCUUGAGGACCUGAAUGAGACAAGGCACUGUGAAAGCUGCGAUCUCACUGGUUUGUUUGACGCAAUAACUGAGCACACCCACAUCCCUGAAGUGGGAAGGGAGGGAGUCUUCCCGCCGCCUUUCCUGGUUCGAACAAUCCUCAUCUACGGCCGGUCCAACAGCGUCCCCCAGGUUCACAGCGACCUGCAGAUGCUCAGACAAAUGAUGCAUUCUCUCUACUUCUUCCUCGACAUCUUGUACGUGCAUGAACCCUUGUCUGAGACAAACUGCUGUCAAGAGAUAUUCAACGCCUUCGUCGCGCUCGACAACCACCUGCAGUCCUACAUGUUCGAGGUGUCGCGAAACGCCACGAAGCUGCACAACUGCAUGGCCAAGCUCUUGGCACACCCGCUGCAGAGGCCGCAGCAGCACAUAGCCCACUACAAGCUCAAGGCGGACGAAAGUCCGAGCUGAGGCUCCGGCCGCUAUACGCCUCACCCGCGACCUCUCAACUACAGGAUUGCGCAGAGCCUGUACAGUGUCGGUAUACAGCGCAUAGUGAGAACGAAGGCCAAGCGAAAGCCUGCUGGGACGCAUCUCACCUGUUGCCACUUCUGCCAUCUGAUUGUGGCUUUGCUCUGUCGCGCAUUUUCGCCAACACAGUGUCACCCUGUUACGGACGCCAUCGAAGGUGCACGUUCCAUUUUAAACUAUACAGAAGGCUCUUUUUUUUUUACCAUUUCGACGCUGUUUAGUUGUUGCAUUGUCAGUGGGCUGCGUAGCAGUGUUUCCACGUUUGACUACUUACCACAUAGAAUGCUUUUCUACAUUAACCUGUAAACUGCUGCUUUCCGUACCACGCUUGUCAUCUGAUAGUGGCUUCACUCUGUUGUAUACCUUUACGUGUUGCUUUAUUAUGGAAACCGUCGAAGGUGUGCGUUCCGUUCAGGGUACUACACAGAUCUUUUUUCAACAUUGCUUUGUUGUCACGUCAUUGGUACACUUUGUAGCAGCAAUGCCAUGAUUUACUACUUACUAGAAUGUUUUUGUACAUUGACCUGAAAAUUGUGCUUUCUGGGCCACGUUUGCUGAGAGCUACUUGAUGAAGGAGAAGGAUAAUGUGCCCAUAAACUGUGCUGGCAAGCACCCGGGGAACUUGGAUUUUAUACUGGUUUACUGUCCGUUGGAUGCAAGUGGAAAGGCUGUGCAUGGUCUCGGAGUAAUCGUCAGACGCCUGACUCGCAGGUUCGUGUAUAAAGCCUAUUUUUUCGUUAUUCUUCUGCUUUGCAUCAAAGGUGCGAGUGCGGACUGUGCUUCUUUUGUUUGCUUAUACAUGCGGCAUCCUUUUUGUGGAAAGUUAUUUCUAUGGCUUCCCACUACUCGCUAGCGAGCUCUUGUCUGAGGUCCUGUUGAAAGCCAUCGCAGGGUUUCACGUGUGCACUGCGUUGCUCAACAUGUUAGCUAUCACACAUGUUCAAAUGCAUCCGCAAGUUAUCUGUGUACAAUUCAGCAGUUGAUCGUGUGAACACAACAAGCGAAUUUCUCACAUACUUUUAAUUGGCUACCUUUCUUCAUUUAUGGCAAUGCUAACACGGAGUGACGCACUAGUUGGAACCAUGUCUUUGGUAUUGCGGUGUUUCUGCCCGGGGUGGAAAGAAGCCAGAAGAAUGGAAAGCAAUGACACUAGGAGUAGUGUUGACAUUCAGCCUAUCGUUACCAUGAAAAGGACAGUAUACCACCUAUGUAAGGAUAGAUUAAGGUGCAAUCAAUGCACGUGCACGGGCGUGCAUAACAUACAGGCAUUGAUGGAGCUAAUCAAAUUCCUUAUGUGACUGUGCGAUUUACACGCACAGCUUUCACCUUUUAUAGAUGCGAUAGGCUUUGUGCAUCAACUUGUGCUGUCAAAUAACACGAUUCCCUUUCAUUGGCUGUGUGUUACAGUACGAGUAGUGAAGGCCACGUGCAUUGAUUAUAGCUGUCUUUUGUUGCAUGGGUUGUAACGUUCCUUGUAAUGUCCAAGACCAAUAUUUCUUCUGUCCUGUUGCUUUCUAUGCUCUUGCUUUCAGUUCUUGUUUGCACUAAACUUUUUAAUGUAGUAAGGCUUUUAAAUUGCAUUUUGCCACUGCUUUGUGGUAGAUGUGGAGUGCUCGUCGACGAUUGCAGUCUCUAGCCGCAACUAAUAGCUCAAUGCUUUUUCAUUGCUGCAAUGCUACUGUGGUGCUUACGAAGUCUUGCUACUGCCACUGCUCUGCCCCCGGCAUUACCAAGAGUUCCUGGAUUUAUUGCUUGCACAAGCCACUGUCUUCUUCGUUAUCUCUGAGUCUGAGACAGCCAAUUUGAGACAGUCUUCCAACUAUGGGAUUGUUUUGCACAAUGUCUGUGGCACAUUUAUCAACCGUGGGCCGUCAGCAUAGUGCGUUUUCGUUCAGCUCCUUCCAAACGGCACACGCUUAUUUUGAACUAACAGUUCAACACCAGUUCCCGAAACAUGUUUGUUGAACACCGUGUAUGGAAACCCUAGUCUGCUCAUUGACCAUGUCGUUGCUUAUUGAGGUGUCCAGCAUUUGGCGGCUUGUGCACUAUAAGCAUGAUGUCCAGUACCUAUCCCUCAAGGGUUGUGAUCUCGCAUCGAGAGAUCAUUGCUGGCUGUGCCAGCGGAAGACACUCACCAAAGGUUAGUGCUUGUAUUUUUUUUGUUGUUUUUUUUUCAGCUAAUGCUGCAUGAAUGGAACACACGAAACAUAUGCCGAGGAUCUUGUAAAGCAUAUUACCCCAGGUCCCUGGUGUCAACUCUGGGCGAUGUUAAAAAGAAAUGAUUAAACCAGAAAUUUGUACAUAAUCAACAUGUUGGUAUUUGCCAGAAAGAAUUUUCUAAUAAAGUGCAUAAUAUGUUUGC